AUGAGAUACAUGCUGUUUUCUAACUUCGAUCAAGGAAUUGUGUUGGAUGAGGAGAGCUUUUAUUCGGUUUGCCCCGAGAUCUUAAGCUACCACAUUGCAAAACGUUGCACUAAUAAUGUAGUGGUAGAUCCCUUUUGUGGUGCUGGUGGCAAUGUCAUUCAAUUAGCGAAAACCUGUAAAAAAGUUAUAGCGAUUGACAUCGACCCGGAGAAGAUCAAGUUGGCACGGCAUAAUGCUAAGAUAUGCGGUGUUGAGGACAAAAUCCACUUUAUGGUCGGCGACUUUUUUUCGAUUUAUCAUACGAUAAAAGCUGAUGUAUUGUUUAUGUCUCCGCCGUGGGGAGGACCCGGAUAUGCAAUCAACAAAGUUUAUAGCUUAAAGUCUAUGUGUCAUAGUCAUUUUGGAGGAGGUUUUGAUAUUUUUAAACUCGCCAAAACUGUUGCACCAAAUAUUGCAUUCCACAUGCCAAAAAACACCGACAUAUCUGAAUGUUUGCGUUUGGCACAAGAUUUCGGGAAAGUUGAAAUUCAACAAAAUAUCAUUAAUGGUAAAUUAAACUCAAUCACAGCGUUUUACGGAAACUUUAAUUGGAGUAACUGA